CCUCUGUUAUGUAUUCUCUCCCUCCCCGGAAGGAUCUUAAAUGGAAGAGAGAGCAGAACAACCACUCAUGCUGCAGGAUUCUGUUUUUCUUCUCCAAAGAUAAAGCCGUGGCUGAAAUGAGUGAUAGCAACUCGGCUAAAACAACCGUUAUUCAGCAAGUAAUAGCUUCAUAUUGUGGAGCUAUUAUUACAUUAUUAUUUGUAACUCCUCUUGAUGUUACCAAAACUCGACUGCAAGCCCAAAGCAAUCCAUUCUCCAAAGGAAAGUGUUUUGUGUACUCCAAUGGCCUUAUGGAUCAUAUAUGUGUUUGUGACAAUGGGGACCGCAAAGCCUGGUAUAAAAAACCUGGGCAUUUCAAAGGGAGGUUGGAUGCAUUUGUGAAAAUUACUCAAAGAGAGGGAGUUAAGUCACUGUGGAGAGGACUUCCCCUAACACUAAUAAUGGCACUCCCUACCACAGUAACCUGCUAUAACCAACUGAGUGAAGCUUUGAAAUCUGGACUAGGAAAGGAUGAUGAGCACGUUCCAGUUCUUGCAGGUUCAUUAAGCAGAUUUGGUUCCAUUACCGUUGUGAGCCCCCUGGAGCUGAUCAGAAAUAGAAUGCAGUAUUGCAAGUUCUCCUCCAAGCUACUGUACUUGUGUGUCAGCAGUAAAGUGGCUUCAGACGGAUGGCUUUCCUUGUGGAGGGGCUGGAGUUCUACUGUUCUGAGAGAUGUACCUUUCUCAGCUUACACAAUGACUGUUUUUGAAGACUUCCAAUAGGAAAUUUUCUCUCUGACAGGUAUAGUGGUUAUUUCCUUAUGGGGGAACAUGCUGUAGCUAAGUGUGCUUACUUAAUUUUGAAAACAUGUACAAAGAUGCAGUGACACGGUAGUGUUAUCAGGAAAUGUUUUUAGCAAGAUGAGUUGGUUUGUAUAACUGCUCUAGAGCAUCACUCAUUAGCAAAGCUCCAGAGCUGAAAGUCUAGAAGCAGAAAAGGCUGAUACAGAGCACUAUUAGUCCCAGGGCUACACUCUACAAUAACUGAGAUGGAGAAGAUCAUGUGUUUUCCCUUUUUGUCACAGCUCUGCUCUAAGGAGACUGAUAAAAGACUUGUUAAUGCCAGUGGUAAAGGUCUCUGACUCAUUUAGGCCCAUCUUUGUCAGAAGGUUGUGGGUCAUCAGGCAUCAGUUGUCCUUGAAACAGUUUUGGUGCUUUGGGUAGUACCAGGAAUAACACAUUUGAACACUUUGUGUUGCCUCAGAAAAAUUCUUCAAACCUAUUGUUGGAUGCAGAGAGCACUUGAAGUAUUUGACCUGUCUUUGUUCUCCUAAUGAAUUCUUAAGAUCAUCUGACAUCUAACUUAAUUUAUGGUUCAAAACAGUCUAGUAGACCAUUAAUUGGUUUGGACUGUUAUGGUAUUUGAGCACAUUUAGAUGUGUACCUAGAGUAAAUUUUAAUUUGGCUGUGAACUAAACCGGUGCGUGGUAGGUGGAGGUGAUUGGGAUAUUUAAUGAAAAACUGAACUUGGUAGCUGAGUUAACAGAACUAAAUUAUUUCAGCUGUUCUCUUUUCAGAAUGAAUAAUACUCUGAUUUCUUUCACUUUGCAAAUAGUAGGUGUUUGAACAUUGUGGUUGGACUGUAUCUCCUGUUUAGGGAUCCUGUCCCUUAAAGGGAAUUAAUUUAGCCUUCUGUGAUAGGGAAGGCUUCUGAACCUAAGGCAGCAUGGUUUCUCUAAGGCUAAAGAUAACUGUCAGGGUUCAUCUGAACCUUUUGUUCAAAGUACUUCCUGUUGAAUAUUCAUUUUAAAAUUUGCUUAAUUCUUCUCUGCCAAUUGCAUCUUAGGCUGUUCUGUUAAGCUUAUAAGGGAACUUAAAAUUCUUCAUCUAAGUCCUGUUGUCUGAUUUCAAGUAGAAACUCUUGUUCUCUUACUGGUCUUUGUCUGUAGCAAUGUGGCAGGAGCUAGUGAUCUUCAUUCCCUCUACUGCUUUUAACAGAGGGGGAAGAUCAGAGCACUGUGAGGAAGUGCCCAAGGAAAAGGGCACUAAGGUGAUGUGUGUCUGUUCUCAGACUUUUUUAUUCUUUCAUCCAUGCCUGCUGUUGCUCCACUGGUCCAAAACAUGCUCACAGAUUUGAAGUUAGUCUUGUACUGCUCUAGCAUUCAAUUCAUACCCAGUGGGCACUUGUCUGUGCCCAGUACUUCGAAGGCAUCAUGAGGUGCUGGAAAAGUAAAGGUACAGGUUAACCUGAAGCUACUG